CCGUUAAGGUAUCGGUGGGUGGCAACAGCAGUCUGCGUGUCACUGCAGCAAAGAAUUUCAUUUGAAGCUGACGGCAUCUAUCAAGCCCGAGAGCGUCCGUUACCAGUAACAUCGGGCCACUGGAAAAGCCAUGGGUUCGUCCCGUUUUUCAAGCAAGUGCAUCCUGCUUUUUGCGUCGCGGCUUUGGCUGGGGCACAAUUGAACCCAUGCCCUGCGCCGGAGUCCCUUAGUCCGUGCGGCUGUGACUUCACAGGAAUAAACUGCAUGAAGGCCAAGAGUGCUGAAGAACUCGCGAAAGCUUUUAGCGGUAAGGAGAAAACCAUGCACAAAGGUCUAUGGCUGCAGAAGGCGCCCGUCGUCAAGAUUGACAACGGAACGUUCGGGGAGUACGUCUUCGGGAAAGUGUUCGUCGAAAUCUGCAACCUGACCUCAUUCGAGCUGUCUGCGCUGGGAUAUUCGGCCAAGUUUCUGUCAGAGUUGAGCCUAUUUGGGAACCAGCUGACUGGCCUCGAUUACAAAUGGAUUGCCAAUUUCGAGAAGCUGCGCGUGUUGAACCUGGCCCAAAACAACCUUGGAAAUGUGCCCGCCUUUGCGUUCAAGAACCCUUCGCUAGAGACACUGGUGCUGAACGAGAAUCCGAUUACGAGCAUCGGAGCGUUCGCCUUCAGAAACCUGCCCAAGCUGAAGGAACUGCAGCUGCGCUCCAUUCGCGUGAAGAGGUUGACCGCUUUCUCGUUCACCAUCCCUCGGCAUAAUCCGUUCCUGGAGAUUUUUCUGAACGCUGGUCAACUGGAGAGCGUUGAGGAGAAGGCCUUCCAUGGAGUGGCGCCUCUUACACUGCGUCUUGCAUUCAACAAACUGAAAGAGUUCAGUGGCCCCGUCUUCAAACCUCUGAUGGAAGCAAUGACGUCGAAUGCGGAGCGCAACAAACUGCUAGGCAAGGCCAGGAUCAUCACCUUGGGCAAUCGAUUCACCUGCCAAGGCUGUGGCUUCUCCUGGCUCACAACGCUGCAAGGCCGGCCAGAUAUGAUGCUCAUGCUCAUCGACUUCAAAUGCCCUGGUCGUGUGGCCGUAUGGAACGUGACGAACUCUCUCAUCGGCUGUCCUCGUGGUAGACCGUGAAGACACCGACGUCAAAAUGGAAACGAGCUAGGGUGAAGGGCCUAGCGAAAGCAACAAAUAAAUGUUAACGAAGAAAGGUCAACCCUG